AUGCCGCGCGCGGUGCUCGACGGCGCGUCGCGCGCGCGGGGGCGGGGGCGCAUGAAGACGAUCGACCGCGACGCGACGACGUGCGGGGCGUGCGCGCGCGCGUUCGAGCGUGGGGUGGGAAAAUGUCUGGAUGAGGAAGAAACGGUCGACGGGACGGGAUCGACCGCGGCGACGGGUCGAACGCAGCGCGGGCGGCGAUUCGCGUCGACGAAGACGCCGGAGAUUGGACCCAUAUGCCGGGCGUGUUACCAGAGGGAGUAUCGGGAGCGGAAGGGGGCGACGCCGCGGGGGGAGAAUCGGUGCGCGCGGUGCGGGGCGACGGAGACGAGCGGAAAGUGGUGCGUCUGGCGCGGAGGCGAUGGACGGGAGGCGAGGGCGGAUAAUAAAGCGGAGACGUUGUGUCAGCGAUGUUACGACGUCGAGCGGUGGAGCGCGUCGGUGAAGAAGCGGGCGGAGAUGGUGGCGGAGGACGACGAGGACGGCGCGCGGUGCGCGCGGUGCGAUAGAAAGGGAACGGGGAGCGCGUCGACGGCGUGGUAUCGCGCCGAGGGCGGUGAUUUGCUGGGGAGGAAGGUGUGUAAGGCGUGUCAUCUGUUGGAUUAUCGGGAGCGGAUGAAUAACGACCCGAAGGUGUAUUGUCACGGGUGCGCGAAGACGGAGCUGUCGACGAGGCAGUGGCGGCGACGCAAGGGCGGUGGGCACUGGUGCGACGCGUGCUACAAAAGGGAUAGAUUGGAUAAAAUGAACGCCGACCCGGAGGUGUUUUGCGUCACGUGUCGAUCGCAAACGAGCGGUGGACCGGAGUGGAGACGCAAGGGCGAGGCGUAUCAAUGCCGCACGUGCCUGAGCGCGGAGCGCAACGCGCGGAAGCGCCUGGAGAAGGCGAGCGCGGUGGUUGUUUGA